AUGAGCCGCCGUGCACCUAUGGGCGCCGUGCACCUAUGGGCGCCGUGCACCUAUGGGCGCCGUGCACCUAUGGGCGCCGUGCACCUAUGGGCGCCGUGCACCUAUGGGCGCCGUGCACCUAUGGGCGCCGUGCACCUAUGGGCGCCGUGCACCUAUGGGCGCCGUGCACCUAUGGGCGCCGUGCACCUAUGGGCGCCGUGCACCUAUGGGCGCCGUGCACCUAUGGGCGCCGUGCACCUAUGCGCGCCGUGCACCUAUGGGCGCCGUGCACCUAUGGGCGCCGUGCACCUAUGGGCGCCGUGCACCUAUGGGCGCCGUGCACCUAUGGGCGCCGUGCACCUAUGGGCGCCAUGCACCUAUGGGCGCCGUGCACCUAUGGGCGCCGUGCACCUAGGGGCGCCGUGCACCUAUGGGCGCCGUGCACCUAGGGGCGCCGUGCACCUACGGGCGCCGUGCACCUACGGGCGCCGUGCACCUACGGGUGCCGUGCACCUACGGGUGCCGUGCACCUACGGGUGCCGUACACCUACGGGUGCCGUACACCUAUGGGUGCCGUACACCUUUGGGUGCCGUACACCUAUGGGCCGUCACUGUCAAUCACGACAAAACUAG